ACAGUAUUUCAUUUCUUGUAGCUCUUUGGUCAGACUGAUACCUGAGUUUAGGGAGAGUUUGAAGGCUCUAGGCUGCAGGUAAAUCAGAAGUAGGUUGCCUAGUGUAGGGAGCGGAUUACAUCAAGCUACAGAUUAAUCAAAGUGUUUUCAGGUACAAGUGGGGCAAUGGAGAGUCCUUCGUCAGACAAGGUGACCAUCAACAACCCGGCAGACAUCACCAUCAUUGUUGGAUAUUUCAUCAUUGUGAUCAGUGUUGGCAUUUGGUCCAUGUUUCGGACCAAUCGUGGGACAGUAGGAGGAUAUUUCCUGGCAGGACGGACGAUGACCUGGUGGCCGGUUGGCGCGUCUCUGUUUGCCAGCAACAUUGGUAGCGGUCACUUUGUGGGCUUGGCGGGCACUGGGGCCGCUAGUGGCAUCGCUGUGGGAGGGUUUGAGUGGAAUGCUCUUUUCAUCGUGCUGCUGCUGGGCUGGCUGUUUGUUCCUGUCUACCUCACAGCUGGGGUGAUCACGAUGCCCCAGUACCUGAAGAAGAGGUUCGGUGGUACGAGGAUAAGCCUCUACCUCUCUGUUAUCUCGCUGUUCCUCUACAUUUUCACCAAGAUCUCGGUGGACAUGUUUUCAGGAGCUGUGUUUAUCCAGCAGGCUUUAGGGUGGAACAUCUACGUGGCUGUCAUCGCCCUUUUGUUAAUAACAGCCUUGUACACUGUUACAGGUGGCCUGGCAGCUCUAAUGUACACUGACACAGUUCAGACUUUUGUCAUCAUUGCUGGAGCCUUUGUCCUCACUGGCUUCUCCUUUGCUGAAGUCGGAGGCUACAACGCUCUGGUGGCCAAAUACAACUCAGCCUUGCCAAGUGUUGUCUCUUCCAUGGACCCCCAGCGCUACAACAUCUCCUCCCACUGCUACACACCCAGACAGGAUGCCUUUAGCCUGCUCAGGGACCCGACCACAGGUGACCUGCCCUGGCCUGGGGUGUUGUUCGGGAUUGCUAUUGUGGGAGGCUGGUACUGGUGCACAGACCAGGUGAUAGUGCAGCGGUGCCUUGCAGCUCGUAGCCUGACCCAUGUGAAGGCCGGCUGCAUCAUGUGCGGCUACCUCAAACUGUUGCCUAUGUUCCUCAUGGUGUUCCCCGGCAUGAUCAGCAGGGCCCUCUACCCCGAUGAGGUUGGCUGUGUCGUCCCUGAAGUGUGUAAGAGGGUGUGUGGCACUGAGGUGGGCUGCUCCAACAUUGCGUAUCCUAAACUGGUGGUUUCAAUCAUGCCCAGUGGAUUGCGAGGUCUGAUGCUGGCUGUGAUGUUAGCUGCUCUCAUGUCCUCCUUGGCCUCCAUCUUUAACAGCAGCAGCACUCUGUUCACCAUGGACAUCUGGACUCGCAUCAGACCACAGGCCACGGAGCGUGAGCUCAUUAUUGUGGGCAGAGUGUGGGUGCUGUGCAUCGUAGCCAUCAGUAUCUGUUGGAUCCCGGUCGUCCAGGCGGCUCAGAGCGGUCAGCUGUUUGAUUACAUCCAGUCAAUCUCAAGCUAUCUGGCCCCCCCUAUCGCCUCAGUCUUCCUGCUGGCUGUGUUUGUUAAGAGGGUCAAUGAGAUGGGUGCUUUCUGGGGCCUGAUUGGUGGUCUGGCGAUGGGUCUGUGUCGGAUGCUGCCUGAGUUCUGGUUCGGUACUGGCAGCUGUAUUUUCCCCUCCAACUGCCCCUUCUUGGUCUGUGGGAUCCAUUACCUCCACUUCGCAAUCAUACUCUUCAUCUGUACAUCAGUGCUGGUGCUGCUGGUCAGCUACUGCACCGAGCCCAUAGAGGAUCACCAUCUCCAUCGUCUGGUUUUCAGUCUUCGCCAUUCCAAAGAGGAGAGGGAGGAUUUAGACUGGGAGCAAGAAGAGAGAGGGAGAAGAGCCCGGCAAGAGGCUCGGGACAGGAUGAGGGAGAAUAACAACAGUGAUGCAGUGGCUGAGGAGGAAGAAAAGUCUGGUAUCUGUCGCCUGCUUGGCCGUUUCUGUGGAGGAGGCAGCAGCUCCCAGGACCUGGAGCAGGAAGCACCGGAGGCGACGGAGCAGAUGCCUGACAUUAGUGAGGACCCAGUGUGGAAAUACACUGUGGAUGCAAAUGCUCUCAUCAUGAUGGCUGUAGCAGUUUUUAUGUGGGGUUACUAUUCUUAACCGAGCGAGUUGAAUCACUUUGUUGGACGAUACUCUCACAGAUAAAUACAGCAGUGUUGCCCUCUGUUGGCGAUGACUUGUCACUGCACUGCAAA